CGGGGCGCGCGUCAGCCACCGUGAUGGUCUCCUGGAUGAUUUCGCGGGCAGUGGUGCUGGUGUUUGGGAUGCUGUAUCCUGCAUACUACUCAUACAAAGCUGUGAAGACAAAAAAUGUGAAAGAAUAUGUUCGCUGGAUGAUGUAUUGGAUCGUGUUUGCUCUUUAUACAGUUACUGAAACAAUAAGUGACCUAACAGUCUCUUGGUUUCCACUUUACUAUGAACUGAAGAUAGCUUUUGUUAUUUGGCUUCUUUCUCCAUAUACUAGAGGGGCAAGUUUAAUCUACAGAAAAUUUCUUCACCCACUUCUUUCUUCUAAAGAAAGGGAGAUCGACGAGUAUAUCGUACAAGCCAAAGAAAGAGGCUAUGAGACCAUGGUGAAUUUUGGGAGACAAGGGUUGAAUUUGGCAGCAACUGCUGCAGUGACAGCAGCUGUAAAGAGUCAAGGUGCAAUAACUGAGAAACUGAGAAGUUUCAGUAUGCAUGAUUUGACUACCAUAGAAGGAGAUGAACCUGUAGGACAGAGACCCUAUCAGACAUUGCCAGAAGCAAAAAAGAAACCCAGAGCCUCUGCAAGUGAGUCUUCAGGUUACAAAACUCCACUGGAAAAAAAUUCUGGGGAUGAUAAAACAGAUGAAGAGAUGGAGGGGACACAUUCAGAGGAUGAAAUGUUUGCUCAGAGAGGUCUUCGAAGAACUCAGAGCAUGAAAUCUGUGAAAACUAUUAAAGGCCGUAAAGAGAUACGGUAUGGAUCACUAAAAUACAGAGUGAAGAAGAGACCAGCUGUAUACUUCUAAGUGUAUUGCACAAUGCCUGCAAGAGAAACUGCUGUAUAUUAGUAACUUGAAUUCAGUGUGUCGAAUGUUAAAGAGCUGUGGAUGAUUCAUAUAAUGACUGUAUAUGAAUAGGUAUAAUGGGACUUGGGUUUAUGAACCCAAAUUGUGUAACUGCUUAUUGUUUAGACUUAAAUCUGGACAAGUUAUAGUAUGAGUUUCAGCACUCAAUGGAAAUGUAAAUGAGUAACAGGAAACAGCCAUUUUGCAGAGUUACUCAACAGACUGAAAUAAUUACAAGUCCCAACUGAAUUAGUGCAAGUUGUAAAGAUUUGGAACUUGUGAAAAUUUAACCCUUAGUGUCCCCAAAUUUACAAGUAAAGAUAGAUAUACUUGAAAUAUUUUCCCGAACUACAAUUCCUGUAAAGGCUUUUGUGUAAUUUGAAGGACAGUGAAUGAUGGUGGGGAAGUAAAGGAAAGACAAGGUAGAUAUGUUAUAUCCUUAAGAUCAUCUUCUUACAAAUAAUGCCAAGCUUCUCAAACUUAUAGAACACUAAUAGGUGCAAACAGGGGGUACAUUUAGCACUUUAUGCAAAACUGUGUGGUUUUGCACACUCACUGAUUUACAGCUGCACAUGUCAUUUUAGUGACAUUUUAGGUUAGACUUGUCUUCUGAAUGCCAGCAAUUCUUAUAUUUCUUGAUCUUAAAAUUUAUCUUGAAAAAUUUAUCUUGAUUGCUGAAGUACACUUAGGAUGCUGUAGAUAAUGGCUACUAGUGCUUAACAAUAUUAUCAGGUGCCUUUUUGUGUAUUACAAGGCCGUGUGAUUUUUCUGUCUGUGGGUUUUUUUGUGUGGCUGUGUGUGUUUGUAGUUGUUUUUCUUUUGUUUUUGUUUUGUUUGUAUCUGUCUUCCUCCUUCACCUAGAGAAAUAUCAGCUUUUGGUUGAAAUUGUGGUAACUAAAACUUGUAGCAAUUCCCGUGACAGACCUCAGGGAUCUGAUCAGCCUAUCACCUGUGUAUUAGAAAUCAUGCUGACAUGAAGCCAUGUGUGAUAUUCAGGCCCUGGUUUGGUUUUACUCUACAUUGCUUUGCGAGAGAAUAUGUAUGUAUGUGUGUAUAUUUCCUUUCAUAGCUGGAUACAAAAAUGGCCUGUUUAGUACUUAUAUUGCUGAAGUUAUUACUAAAACAUUUACACACAAAUAGCUUUUCUUGGAGAUCUAGCUGAUGUAGCCAUUUUAACCUAGAGUCCCCUGGCACAACUAUUUGCACAGAGAUCAAUUUUGCAAUGUCGUUCAAAGCACGGACUUGUUAAAAGGACUUUAUGAGGUCCCCUUUGAUUUUAUUUUCUGCAGUUCUAAGAACUAGUCUGAUUUUAGUUUUUUGCAGAACUAUAUUUUUUUCUGUGGAUUCAGAUACUUUCUAUAGGUAGUACUUUAUUGCUUGUGUUGGGAAGAGUGUUCCUUAUCCAUAGAGAAAAUAGCAUGUGAUCCCUAUCUUUGGGUCUCUGACUAAUCGUUGGAUCUGACUUCAAUUCUUGAAUCUCUUACUCCAAUCCUUAUACCUUCCCCGAGGUAUGACAGUCAGCUGCAAGGCUUUUGCAGUUCUUUAUGUUACAGCUACUCAUUGCUGGUGGGCACUUAAUGGCCUGUUAAUGUAUACUGGCAUUUGAAGUAGUCUUCUGUAGACUUUGGGUCAGAGUUUGAGUUGCAUGGGUACAAGUGCAGUUGGUCUGUAUUGGAGUUGUGUUACUCACUUGCUGCUGUAGACAUUCAUGAACCAAGCCAUGGUCAAGUAUCCUAAUGCUGAACGUGCAGUGCUUUCAGCAUCCCCAAGCAAGUUAAAUGCUGUAGGAAGAAGCUGCAGCAGUCCACAUGUGACUUGCGUUACUUUACUCAAAGAUGCAGUUUUGUAGCAGAAGACAGGAAAGCUUCUCUCUCCUAAUAAGUCUAGUGCAGAAAUCUCAUGCUCUAACCAGAACUGCAACUUGUGAUCCAGCUUUUAUAAAGGAACUGUUGUUUGUGAGAGAGGCAGCCAUCAUAAAGGUAGCCUCCUUGGGGAUGGUUCAUCACUUGUGUCCCAGCAGUGUUUGUGCUUCUCAUCCAUUUCACUGAAUGGAGGGAAAGGUCAUGUUUUAAAGCAUAUAAAAUGGUAGAGCAAACUGAAGCUUUAGUAUCUGCAUCUUGUCCCUCUUUGGAAGUUAGACUUACGUGGGCUUUGACUGGAAUCUCUAACGGUUACUCUCUGGUUGGGUGUCCUCCUUGAGCACUUGCUGUGACAUCUUUCUUUAACAUACUGUGUUUGUCUGUUGGCAAGCAUGGCAAUAUAAUUGUCAUAUUUUAGAAAUCAGAAUCUGCAGAAAGGAGCAUGAUAAUCCCUUUUCUCAGAAUUACAGUAAGACAGGUUCAUGUUAGUCCUGUUCUGGUGGUUGUGUUCUCUUCACGUUUCCAGGGUGAGAGAUGCUUUGAGUAUUUCAGCCUCUACCACACUUAUUGUGAGUUGCUCUACAUGCCCUUAUCUAUUGGAGACUACUUCUGGCAGGCUUGAAUGGCUAAUUAAGUCUUGACAAAGGCUAAAUAAAAAUCUCCUUUUUCUGAACUAUGCAUGGAACUAGGAAAGCUGGCAGUAUUAUUCAUUACUGCUUGCAUAUAAAUGUACUUCUGUUCUCUCAGAUACUGUUCUAAGUGCUAAAACUUCCAGUGUUUACCUACCUAGGUUUUUUUUUCAGUCCAAUAUCCUACUGUAAAAAUUCUUUUCUUGACAGUCUUAUUUUGCUCUUGGAAUUCAUCCUUUAACUGGUUCAUUAUGUUAAUUUUUUUCCUUGCUGUUCAUUGCCAGCUGAUGGUUGGCAGGGCACAAUGGCAUAAUUAGCUUUUAUCUUGGUGAUUGGGAUUUCUCUCUGCUUGUAGAAUGUAGUUUAGUUUGGGUUUGAAAUAUAACACAAUCUUGUAAACUCUGUGUACACGGAAUUUUCAGAUGUUUUUGCCUUAGCAACUGCAAAAGUGAUCUGUCUAGUUCUUGCCAGUAAACUUCUUGGAAAAGUGUUCAACAAUUCAAAAUUCAACUUGCCAUUUUUGGGUUUGAUAUGUAAAAUAUAGUUCAUGUCCCAUUAUAUUAUCUGACAAAUGAAGCAUUUUCCUGAGAACUGACUGACUGCCACCCACAGGAAUGCUAAUAUACCGAAAGAAAAAAUUGCAUGGAGGUUAAAAGUGCUUUAAAAGAGAAUAUGUACUACUUAAAUCAUAGAAAGGUUUCAAGCCUUUCCAAAAGAUAUCUGAAUGGAAUCAGAUUCCUUAGUAAGAGCCUACUAUGCAUGUUUAAGUACACAGUUUGAGAUCACAUUGGCUUCAGUGGCAAAUAUGCUUAGGCUAGACUCUGAUCACAAGGUAAUUGCCAAUAUUAGCUACUUCAUGCUAAUUGCUUUGCUAUGUGACAGUAAGUGAAUAUUAUCUCAGAUAAUUUUUGCAAACUAUGAAUUCUUAAAUGAUCAGAAGGUAGUUUGGUGGAACAGAAUGGUGGAGUAAAUGCUGGAUGCAUUUAACAUGGUGUUCAUGACAAAAGAUGCAUUUUAUUUUUGCUGUUGCUUUUAUUAAUGGGAAGUUAGUGUUUUAAAGUAUUUUUCUACAGAAAUGAAUAUGUGCAAAGGCAGUACUUUGACAUUUUUCAAGAACUUGUAUUUUUAAAUGCUACAGCCUGGAGAGUGUCUACAUUGAGACUGAAGUUAGUAACUUUAAAAACUUGCAAUGUCAGCUUUAAUUUUUAUAUUGUAAUAAUAACUUUCUGUCGAUUUGUUUACAUAUUUGUAGGAGGGAAAGCUUUGUUAAGCAUUGACUUAUCUUGAUACUAUCUUUAAUAAAUGCUGCUUUGGGCAGGAUGCAGUGGAUAUUUUAUUACCUGAGUUAUUAACAAACCAGUCACUAUGUAAAUCUGUAUUCUGUUAUUCUAAGUAUUCCAGCACAAGAACAAUGUAUCUGAAUUUUAAAGACUUUCAAAACUGUUUGUGGUGUGACUUAAAUUGUCAUUGAGGUUUUGCCUCGGGGCCUGAUGCUGA